AUGGCUGCUGCUCUGGAGCUUCCUAGACAGCCUGAUGGAUACAUAGCAUUGAUCACUGAGAAUGGAAAUUUCGGUGACUUGUUCUGGACUCGCAACGAACACGACAAGGACACAAACGACGAGGAAGAGAUUUGGUCCAUAAGCAACAACCCCGGCUCCGAACUCGACAGCGAAGUGAAUGAUGAACAGAGCAAAGCAGGGAAGAACACAUCGACAACAAAGCAAAAUCUAAAUCCUUAG